AUGUGGUCCCCUCUCUACAUCCCCGACGACCCGUUCAUCUCGGACCCAUCCUCCUCCAACUCAUCGGUCACCUACGAGAUCGAACUCCCCGAGGAAGGCCUCCUCGAGACGAUCAUCUACCGGAAUGGCCCUUACGGCUACUAUCAGGAUCGCCAUCUAUCCCCCCUUCAUUCCCAUCCCGAUCCCCCAACCCCACUCCAAUUCCACAUCCCCACUUUCCAACCCAACAGCCCAGAUUCCGGGUAUUUCGAGUCGAACGACUCGCACUCGUUCCCCAGCCCGGAAGGGUUCUCCGAUCUGAAAUUCGAUGCCCCGGCGUCUCUGCCCGAAAUGGUCCCUGAACCCAUUCCACUCGAAGAUCAGCUACCAGAGCCUGUACUCCCCGCCCCGGUCGCUCCUGUAGAUCCAGCGCUCAAGGCCGACUUCGUGAUCAUCCCCCGAACGAGAAAGCGCAGGAAUUACACCCACACCCUGGCCACCGUUAUCCCGCCCCGCGAGCUGAAGCGGGACGGGGUGCAGAGCCCCGGCUCGACGUCAUCAAGGGGUUCAAGCUCUUCCUCUUCGGCGACCUUGUCGAGCUCGUCGGGCGGAUCAUCGGGUACGAGCCCCGCGCAGACGCCGAGCCCGCCGGAGCCGCUGUGGGACCCGGAGUGCGAUCUGUUGCUGCUCCCCUCGCCGGACAGGCUGACCAGCAUGAUACAGGGGCUGGCGGACAAGCAGUUU